GAAGAAGACGGGGAAGAGGCGCGAGGGCGGAAGGGGACACUUGAUUUUUCCUCUGGUCUCUUCGGGGGCCGCGGGGAAGGGUCGGCGCGGACGGAGCUCGGGGCAUGUGGGACCCCCGCGCGUUCGAGCGGCGCUGGCGGGCCGAGUUCCCCGGGGCGGAGGCGCCGGUCCCGAGGCUGGAGUCGGUGCGGGACGCGGAGCGGGAGCUGGAGCGCUGCAGACUCAACCUGGAGCGGCUGCAACAGGUGCUGGCGGAGGAGCAGCUCAAAGCCUCGCUCCUGCAGGCCGCGCUGGCCGGGGGCGGCGGCGGAGAUUCCGGGGACCCCGGGCGCCCCGACCCCGAGGCUGAGUCUCCCCGCGGGGACCCCGGGCGCCCCGACCCCGAGGCUGAGUCUCCCCGCGGGGACCCCGGGCGCCCCGACCCCGAGGCUGAGUCUCCCCGCGGGGACCUGCCCGCCGGGCCCGGGGCGGCCGGAGAAGCGGGCGGGGGAAGGAGCUGGGCCGACGCCGUCCACCAGCAGCUCCUGCAGCCCCAGCUGCGGUUCCGGGCCCGGGAGGACGACGCGCCCCUCGGGGACCCCCAGGCGGCUCCCGGCACGGACGAGGGGGGCGACGGCAGCGACCACGACUUCGAGAUGGUGGAUUUCAACGAGAAGUUCAUCCUCAGCCACUGGCUGGUGGCCCCUUGCCGGUUCGGGACCCGCGAGCAGGCGCAGAGGCCGGGGCGGGCGUGCAGCCCCCACCGCUGGAUGCACCUGAUCCCCGGGGGGCGGCGGCCGCAGCGGGGGACCCGCGACCUGGAGCAGCGGGAGGCCGAGGCCAAGGACCGCCCGGGCUCGCCCCUCGCCGCGGCGGAGACCCCCAGGCGCGAGCACCUGCCCCCGUGGAGGCGCCACAGGUUCCUGCGGGUGCCCGAGCGGGACUCGCCCGGCCACAGCUCGCCGGAGAGAGACAGCGACGGCAGCCGGCACAGCUCCGACCGCGAGGAAGACUUCUCCGCAGGCUGCUCUGUGUGUUGGGGCCACGUGCAAACUUCAGGGAAGGGCCACGGCCUUCACCAGCCCCCUCUGCGGACUCGUUUUCUUCUUAGAAGGCGGCGCCCGGCCUCUUGGCUUUCUAGGAGUCUGGGAGCAAGAGGGGAAGGGGAGGCUUAGGCCCAUCUCGUUUUCCAGCUGGCCUGGUGCCCAGAGACCAUGUCUAGUCCAGCGUCUUCACUGGAUAAAAGAGGAAACUGAAGCUCAGAAAGAUUAAGUGCUCGUUGGGGUGAGCUGAGACCUUCACCGGGUCUCCUGUCAUCUCUCUCCCCUCGCAUCUGCUCUCUUUUCUGAGGACAGGGCCUGGUCUUAGUCAUCUUUGAACCCCCUUCUGGUGGUAUGGACGGUGCUUUGCAGCAGUCAAAGCUCAACGAAUAAUGGCUGAAUAAAUGAUUGCUUGGAA